UUGACAGCUGAAGGAGAGCGAAUAAUAAAGAGAAAUGAUCUCUUUCCGCAAGGUAUUGAAAAAGGCGCGAAAUAUAUUGGUCCUCACCGGAGCCGGAGUAUCCGCUGAAUCUGGUGUUCCUACCUUCAGAGGUGCUGGCGGUCUUUGGAGGACCUAUCAAGCUCCGAACCUUGCUACACCAGAGGCUUUUGCUGCAAAUCCUUCAUUAGUCUGGGAAUUUUAUCAUUACAGACGUGAAUUAGUACUCGGCGUUCAUCCCAACAAGGCACAUGAAGCGAUCGCAGCCUUUGAAUCCCAUAUGACUAAGCAAGGGGUCACGGUGACGAUAGUAACACAAAAUAUUGAUGGACUGCAUCAGCGUGCAGGUUCAAAAAAUGUUGUCGAGCUACAUGGCUCUCUAUAUAAAACACGAUGCACAGUCUGUAAAGAAGUAGCGGAGGAUCGAAACAGUCCAAUAUGUCCAGCCCUUGAGGGAAAGGGAGCUCCAGACCCAGAGAUAAAAUCAUUGCCGAUUCCGGUACAAGAAUUGCCACGAUGCAAAAAAGCCAAAUGUAAAGGUCUGUUGAGGCCUCACAUUGUGUGGUUUGGUGAAAAUCUAGAAAAAGUUGUGCUUCAAAGAGCUGAAGAGGCUGUGGAAACAUGCGAUAUCUGCUUAAUUGUUGGUACCUCAUCUGUUGUUUAUCCAGCUGCGAUGUUUGCUCCGCAAGUGGCAAAUCGAGGAGUACCUGUUGCAGAGUUCAAUAUUGAAACCACACCAGCGACGGACAAGUUUGAGUCAGUAGUAUACGAAAAUUUGUUGCAUUUUUUUUUAUCUUGCCCCUCCCGAAACACUUGUUACUGUAAAGUAUAAAAUAGUGAAUUAAGGUCGUUGCUAAAGCAAU